UAAUUUUAUUCAUAUUUUAUAUUUUUUAAUAAAAUUUAAAUAAUCCUCAAAAGAGUGUUGAAAAUAAAAAAUUUACCAAUAUUUCUCAAUGUAUGAUUACACGGGCAUUAAUUAUAUCUAGGCCGGGUCAAAUGAACAGCCAGCCCAACCAAGGCCCAAUAUUUUCACUUAAUCUUCUUCUCUGAGUUCCCACACUGGGAACGCUAAACAGUAAACGAUGAGAAACAUUGGAUGUCGUCUUAGAUUUUCGACUUUGAUCGAACCACACAACAAAAACGCAAGUACGAGGAUGUUUGUGAGAUCCUCCUAUCUACCUAUACCUCAUCGAACGAUUCCUCAAGCCAUGGGACAGGAUCUAGAUUUUGUUAACGUUGCACAUAGCCACGUCAUUCACUCUCACUGGGACAAACUCCACCCUCUAUCACCCUCUCUCACCCCAUUCAGAGUCAAACACCUUCUCCUCAAACUCCAAAACGACAACGUUCUCUCCUUAAAAUUCUUCAAUUGGGUUCUCAAACACAACCCUUCUUCCCACACCCUCGAAUCCCACUCCAUAUUCCUUCACAUCCUCACCAAAAACCGCAAAUUCAAAACCACCCAAACCAUCCUCAGAAAAAUCCUUGCUUCACCCACUAUGAACCUUCCUUCUAAGCUCUUUGAAGCAUUGUUAUACUCAUACCGUCUUUGUAACUCUUCCCCUUUUGUUUUUGACGCUCUUUUCAAGACCUUUGCUCACACCAACAAGUUUAGAAACGCCACUGACACUUUCAUUCGAAUGAAGGAAUAUGGGUUCUACCCCAAUGUUGAAUCUUGCAAUGCAUUUCUAAGUUCAUUGCUUCAGCUUCAUAGAGCUGAUAUAGCAUUGGCGUUUUAUCGUGAAAUGCGUCGUGUUUGCAUUUCGCCUAAUGUGUACACUCUCAACAUGGUUAUUUGUGCUUAUUGCAAGUUAGGGGAACUGCAAAAGGCUCUUGAGGUGUUGGAGAGCAUGAAGAACAUGGGUUUGAGUCCUAAUGUUGUGUCCUUCAACACGAUGAUUGCAGGUUGUUGUAACAAGGGUUUGCUUGGUUUGGCCCUGAAGGUUAAGUCUUCGAUGGGGAACAAUGGGGUGCACCCAAAUGUGGUUACUUUUAACACUAUUAUUAAUGGGUUUUGUAAGGAGAGGAAGUUGCAUGAAGCAAAUGGGAUUUUCACUGAGAUGAAGGUUGCCAAUGUGGCUCCUAAUACUGUGACUUACAAUACUUUGAUAAAUGGGUAUAGUCAAGUUGGAAACAGUGAAAUGGGUAAUAGGCUUUAUGAAGAGAUGGUGAGAAAUGAGGUUAAGGCUGAUAUUUUGACUUAUAAUGCAUUGAUUUUGGGUCUGUGUAAGGACGGGAAGACAAAGAAAGCUGCAGGGCUGGUUAGAGAGCUUGAUAAGGAGAACUUGGUCCCCAAUGCCUCCACCUUUUCUGCCCUUAUUACUGGGCAGUGUGUGAGAAACAACUCGGAGCGUGCCUUUCAUAUUUAUAGAAGCAUGAUACGGAGUGGUUGUAAUCCAAAUGAGAAUACUUUCCAAAUGUUGAUAUCUUCCUUCUGCACGAAUGAAGACUUUGAUGGAGCUGUGCAAGUCUUGAGGGACAUGUUGGACAGAUUGGUAACCCCUGUUCCUAGUACCUUAUAUGAGCUCUGUAGUGGACUUUGCAGAUGCGGGAGAAAUCGGUUGGCGUUGGCCCUGUGUGAUGAGAUGGAAGCGAGGCAUCUAUUGCCAGAAGGUUUUGACAAAGAAAAAGUUGCCAUCAUCCAUAUAGAAAAUGAGACAAGUAACUGAAUUUGUCAGGUUGUUGCCUGUGUUUUCUAUGACUUCUGCAGCUGUACAUUACAUUCUUAACUUGUUGGUUCCAUCUUUGUUUCACACUAACUUGACAAAUUUCACUGUAAAGAAUGUUCCAUUAAAUCAAUAACAAAAAAUUAAGAUACAUAUUUUGAGAUUGAGCAGUAUUUGCUCCAGUAGUGCUUCAGACUUCAGUUGUAAUUCAUUACUGGUACAAAGCAAUAGUUAUAAUUUUAAGUCAACUUGCCAACCUCCAACUUAAAAGUGCUGAAAGCACUGGCUAUAGUACAUACUGAAGUAUGCUAUCGUUC